CGUUUCUCCAACGGUCGAUUUCCUUCCUCUGCCCACCUUGAAAACCCCCCAAUCCCCUCCCAUUCCCAGCCUUAAACCCUCGCCACCUCCGCCGCCUGCCUCCACAAGAAUCCAACCGCGCCUGCUCCUCGGCUUCCAAUCCACGGCGGCGAUGGCGGUCGAGAAGAAGGCGAUGUCGCCGUACGAGGCGGAGCGGGAGAGGACGGUGCAGGAGAACAAGCGCAAGAUGGAGGCGCUCAACCUGCGCCAACUCUCCGCCGCCGUCGCCCCCAACACCCCCUCCCCCAUGAAGCACAAGAGGCGCAGGAUCUUCCACGCGGCGGCGGUGGUGGCCCCCUCGCCUCCCAGGAGGUCCCGCCGGCUGGCCGACCUCCCCGAGAUCAAGUACGCGGACGCCUGCGCCGAGGUGGAUGGAGAGAGAGUGGGAAGGUGGUCUCCUAGGAAACGAUCUGGAAGCAUCUACUUGGCAAGACCUGGAACAACUUCCAUGAAAGCUAGGUUGGAGGCAGAGACAAAAGCUGAGGAGCUGGAAGCACAACUUGACCCUGAAUUCCCAUCCUUUGUGAAACGGAUGUUACAUUCACAUGUGGUGCGAGGGUUCUGGCUGGGACUGCCUAGCCACUUCUGUGACAUGUACAUGCCAAAGCAAGAUUGCACUAUCACUUUGGUGGAUGACAAAGAUGAAGAAUUUGGGACCAAUUACCUAGCCUACAAGAAGGGGCUGAGUGGUGGUUGGGCUGGUUUUGCUUUGGAUCAUGUGAUUCAGGAUGGAGACGCCACGGUUUUUCAGCUCAUCAAGCCUACGACCUUCAAGGUGCAUAUCAUCCGGGCAACUGUUGAUGAUGACAACGAGGAAGCGGAGUGAGGACACCGUGCAGCAUCACUAUUAAGAACUAACCUAUCGGUAGAUGGUAUGUAGGAUUUAGGUAUGGUUUAUCUAUCAGGAUGCGGUAAUGCAUUUUGUUGGUAUGUCCACCUGUGGUGGCUUAGAUGGCAAGUAGGAUUUGGGGGCAUGGCCUGUGCGGUUAUGCAUUUUGUUGGUAUUCCACCACUGGCUUAGAUGGCAAGCAGGAUUUGGAGUGUGGUGUAAGCUUUAUCUAUCAGGAUUCCCGCAAAGUUAUGUAAUAUGUUUCGAUGUCCACCAAUACUGGCAGUGAGAUCAGACGGCAAGUAAUCAGCUAA